AUGGCACCUAGUUUAGCCCUAAUAGGGGUUGGAAAUUUUGCACAGAAGCAGUAUUUCCCUCUCUUCUCCACCAAGCUUACAGAUGUAGUCUCACUCAAGGCGCUGUGGAGUCGCUCACAGGAAUCUGCGGAGCGAUCAGUGUCCUUGAUCAAGGAUUGUGUUCCAGGAGUUCAGCCAAAGUGGGGUCAACAGGGCCUAGAUGACAUUCUCAGUGAUGAUACCAUCCUUGCAGUAGCGAUUGUUCUUCAGCCACAAGUGCAGGGAGAGUUUGUGAUGCAGGCACUCAAGGCAGGAAAACAUGUUAUUCAAGAAAAGCCUAUAGCUCCAAGUACUCAACAAGCUCAGGGUUUGACAAGUUUCUAUGAAAGUUUGGGCACCAUGAGACCUGUGUGGGCAAUAGCUGAAAACUACAGAUUUGAGCGCGCACUUGUGGAGGCUCACAAGUUGGCGAAGGACAUAGGACACAUGGUGGCGGUGGAAGUAACGGUUGAAAGUCCAAUGAACAUCUCACGGUCAUCAUUUUCAAGCAUUUGGCGAAGAGAGCUCAAGGGUGGAUAUGUUUUGGAUGGAGCUGUUCACCAAAUUGCAGGGCUUCGAGUGAUCACUGGUUCCGAAGUAAAAUCUGUUUCAGCAAUCUGCCGCCAUGUAGAUGAAGCAUUACCUCCUCCAGACAAUGUGUCUGCUUUGUUUGAGCUGGAAAACGGGUGUGCCGGGACUUUGAUGAUUUCGUUUUCCUGUACAACUAAGAAGAUGAGCUGGAAAAUUGUUGGAACAAAAGGUACAGUUGAAGUCGAUCAAGAUACUCAAGAUGGUCAGCCAGGCUUUAUGGUGUCGCAUGCUACUUCGGUGGGUAAAAACUCAAUUUUUUAUCCUUGCUGUGGAGUUGAGGAAGAAUUGAGAUCAUUCAUUCACGACCUUUCACAGGGAGGAGAAGCUGAUAAGCGCAGUAGUCCUGGAGAAGCUUUUAUUGAUGUUGCUGUCAUUGAAGCCAUCCUCAACUCAAAUGGCAAUGCCAUUCAUGUCUGAUGAGCUUAUAAAAGUAUCAUAAUUUCAUUUU